CUGGGAGGACAUCAUAUGACAUCCUUCCAAUCUCACUGCGCAUCUGUGUCCAAUCACAGCUGCUCACAUGGGACAUGUACACUGAUCAUCAGGGCACUGAUGAUCAGUGUAGCCCCAGCAGUGCCACCUGUCAGUGUCCAUCAGUGCAUUAUGUCAGUGCUCAUCAGUGCCUCGUGCCAGUGCCCAUCAGUGCCACAUAUCAGUGCACAUCAAUGCCACACAUCAGUGCCCAUCUGAGCUGCCUUUCAGUGUCACCCAUCAGUGCCAGUCAGUGCCACCUAUCAAUGCCAAUCAGUGCCGCCUAUCAGUGCCAGUCAGUGCUGCCUAUCAGUGCGCAUCAGUGCCACCUAUCAGUGCCAGUCGGUGCCACCUGUCAGUGCCGCCUAUCAGUGUCAUGUAUCAGUGCUGCCUUUCAG